GGUUUGCUACUUCGUCCGAYAGAAGUUGCAUACAGGUUGUUGAAGGCAAGCAGUUUUCCCGCUGCUAGAUAAAAUAGAAACAUAGAAUUGCAAAACCUAAGCGCCAUGAACCGWAGACGAGGAGAAGGAGAGCCUCGCGAACCGGAAGGCGACGAAAAUCCUUCGGCYUACAAGCUACACACAGACGGAAACUUUGACGAUGCGCCGGCGACAAUGAAAGACGUCAUUGACGAGGAACGAGUCCCCCUUUCACCCUCUCAUGCAAUUGUCCGGCAUCCCGAAAUCUUUCGAGACGAGCCCGAGGGAGGAGACGCCACUGAUGACUCCUCGUACGAGGAAAGAGAAAUGUCACUACAGGAAUUGUUGUACAGUUCCUCCUCCUUUUACGCAAUCGUUGUUCCCGGUAAGUAGAGGCCRUAYGGUUUGAGUAUAAAAUUCAAUGAAUAAGAAAGGGCAACCCAUCAGCGACUAACUCGCCUAUGAUUUAUGCCUGCUCUUAGUUUCCAUCACCAUGGUGCUUUCAGCGCUUGCCGUGGUUUUCAUUAAUAGCGAAAGCAUAAUGGCGCAGGGUGCCGCUAGUAUGGCAGCAACCUACCAGUAUUUUGAUACCAGUGGAGCCUCGGCUCUUGAUGCGAUACUUCUGAGUUUGCUGAAUGGUCUCAUAAUGGUGACAUWUAUUGGUGGAUUUACCUUCGUAAUUGUGCUCUUGUACAAGUUCAAUUGCAUGUGGCUGUUGAUUGGAUACAUGAUGUUCGCUUCGACGAGUCUAUUGGGAUUUUUAGGAGGACAUMUUUGGUUGGUUGCUAUUCAACUCUACGAUUUGCCCGUUGACAAGUUCACUUACAUUAUGGUACUUUGGAAUUUCGCRGCUGUUGGAAUUUUAGCUAUUUUCUAUGGCAAAGGCGUGCCCAAGUAUAUYUCACAGGCCUAUCUGGUUUUGACUUCGGUCAUCCUYGCAUGGCAUUUGAGCUUCUUCGAUGACGUCAUGGCAUGGUCUUUGUUGUUCAUGUUGGCCUUGUACGAUCUUUGCGCAGUUCUUACACCUUGUGGUCCACUCAAAGCGUUAGUCAAUUUGAUGUCCAAGGACGAUGCCCCCGAGAUGCCGGGACUAUUGUAUGAGGCUGAAUUGCCCCCUGAAGCACGUCGACCGGGUUCGUCUUCGACGAGUCAAAACUAUGCUGGUGUGAACAGUAGUCGCAGCAAUGCUAGCUCUGUUAGCAGUUCUCGAUCCGUUUCCGAAAGCAGCAGAGCAACAUCGGCCACAGGUGGAGAGCUUCGUGUUGAAUUGCCACUAGCAGUUGCCCAGGUCUAUAAUUUGUCUGUGUUGGACGUUCCGGAGCAAUCGAGAGGUCUAUUCUCUACGUCUUCGUCGAGCAAUGGUAGUGACCAGCCUCUCCUGGAUGGGAGCAUUGARAAUCAAAACUUCGAAAUCCCUGAGAACCCGUCGAAGAAGCAAUUGAAAGCAGAUAUUAUYGUCGAGCUACCAGUGAACGGAGGGCGCAUUGAACGAAUCAGAAGAAAAGGCAAGACUGUAUUUAUGGAACGAAAUAGACACGGAGACCCCAAACGCAUUUUGUGGGUCGACCGCAAGGGACGUGUYUUUGCCGAGUCGAGUAGCUACGGCGAAGGUGAUGAYGACGAGGAGGAAGAUUUAGGAAGAAACAGCAUCCGACUAGGAUUGGGAGAUUUCAUCUUUUACAGUGUUUUGGUUGCCAAGGCGGCGGAGUAUAGCUUUACGACGUUCAUGGUGUGCAUGCUUGUAAUUUUGGCCGGACUGGGUGGAACACUUAUUUUGUUGAGUGUAUUUCAUCAUGCUCUACCUGCCCUUCCAAUUUCCAUUUGCCUUGGUAUUUUCUUUUACAUCGUUACGCGCUUUCUCAUUGAGCCAUGGAUCGAAGGUAUUAUGAUCAAACCAUACUAUGUCUAAAUGAUAUCAAUCAAUGGRAAAAUGAGACUGGUCGAUCAGUCUGUCUUUCGAUUGAUUGAUUCGUGGCUCCCGAAAGGUUAAAACUAUCUAUGUGUGAUCGAAUGUCGAAGAUCACAACAAAUUCGAAUAAGCAAGCAAAAUUAUACUGAAUGUWUGCACUGGCUCGAACUGUACUUACUACGUGUAGAAACUCUUAAAGACUUUUACC